CCACCAAUCAGAUUCUUCUUUACGACGCAGGUUGCGCGACACCCCAUAAAAAUGUUAUGGGAGUUUCCCUUCUAGCUGUUGCCACGGGGUAUCAGGUGGUUAAAAAAAUCGUUCAGAAACGGUUACCAACGGUCGUGAGUUCGUCGUUCGAGCCAUCGGUUUGGGACAAUUGGGACAGGGACUGCACAAGUAUCCAGGACUGUCUCGGACGUGGGGACCCCAGGAUCACGAUAGAAUUGGACGAUACGAUUCACAAAGAUGCGUCCAGACUCGCGGAGCGUUUCGUUUACGUUUCACCGGGAGGUGUUGAGCGUGCGAAAUUCGCCGGAGAUGGUGCGGAGCUCGCGAAAUCUACGCCAGCGUCUGCAGGAUCGAUUCGAGAAGGACCGGGGAUCGUCCGGCAACAGUGGUACGAAGGAGAAACCGCAAAAGAUAAAGGAAUCCGCCGACCGGGGCUGGAACAAUAUCAGCCUCGGCAACGUGUCCGCGGACUCGAGGCGAGCUCUACGGAACGGUGCAGAGAAACUGUCCAGAACGAUAUCCUCGGUGCGCACCACUUUCGGCACGAUAUCCCAGAAAUUUAAGAGCUCCACGCGAAGGCGCCAGCGAUUGGAGGAGCAGCAGUCACCAUCCAACAUGCAGACACCUCAGACUCGCUCUCGUCAACUUUUAGGACGCACGCCAACUAAACUUUACAGUCCCUUUGGCAUCGAGUCACCGAGACAUGCCUGGAACAAAGAGAAUGAAGAAAUUAGCACGCCGGUACGUGCUUCAUCACCAGAGUGCAACAUGCGUUACAUACAUUGUAGGCCAUUUCGCUUUACAAGAGUGAAAGGAUUCUCCAUGCUGAGAUAAGGGAGAAAAAGGAGAUUCUACUCAAAAUUAUUGCAUGUCGAUCUCUUUCUUCCUAACGAACGCAGUCAGGUUUGCGUGCCUUGUGUGCAACAGCAUUUAUAUCGGACUUAAUUUAUUUACGUUCGGUCGCGCGAGGGACUCGUCACAAGCGACGCAAAUCCGUCAUCGAGCCAGCAAUGAUGUUUCUUAAUUUUAUACGAGUGGCAUUUAUAUAGGGUAUGCUAGCGUACCUUCCACAGUAUUUAUAUCAUUCCAUUGCUUUCUUCACGUGCGUGUACAACGCAAACUCUUUCUACUUUUUUACUAUAUUUAUAUAAACAUAUGUAUAUCUGUAUACAUUUAUGCAAUAAUAUACGUAACGUAUGGCAGGGCCAAUGCUUUUGUUCGAUCGUAUGUUUUAACGCUGGAAGUUGAAGAGUAACAACAAAAAAUCUUAAAUAUGUUCGCGCAAAUUAUCAAAAGCAUGUAUCAAAUUGAGAUUUCUUUUAUGCGAGCGACACUCAAGAGUUCAGUUUCUUGGACAAAUUUUUACAAUAUAUAUUGUAAUACAUAAAAAUGUAUUUUAUGCAAGUUUGUUAUAUCGUAAAUCGAAUGCUAUCUCGCAGUUAUGUCGACGAUUACUCGUUUGGAGAUGGAUAGAGAGUCUUCUCUUUACAAAAGACAAAAAAAUAUUCAUUUUUGUAAUAUUAUGUCUCAGCUAGAAAAAGAUUGCGUUUUAUAUUCGAUAUAUCUAUUUAUAAUGUACAUUCUAACACGGCGGUCCUUAAGAAAUCUUUGCUUUAACGAUAAAGAUAAGGCAGCUACAUUGUACGGCCUCGAGAGAGAUAUGUAUAUCUGCUCUCAAGCUAUGACAUAUCUAAUCCCGAUUUAUAUUUAUUGGCACAAUAAUAAUUUUUAUGAAGAAAUUAA